CUCACAGGGCACGAGCUGAGGACAUCAUCAUCAUCAUCAUCAUCCUCUCUCUCUCUCUCUCUCUCUCUCUCUUUUAAUUUCUUUCCUUUAAUUAAUACAAAGUGACAAACGACAGCACGUUGCUAAAAGAAACCUUAUCAUUAAUAACAUACAAAAGGUUAGAGGUUAGAAAGUCGUGGGGAAAAUCCUGCUGGGCACGUGCAGCGGAGUCUCGCGCAACACUCCGAGAUUAAUCAAGUUCUCUCCUGCGCAAAUGUUUUGGCACCCCUGAGGAAGGAAAAAAGUGAUGGACGCCAGAGAUCGGUUUUCUGCUGCAGGACGGAAAGUGGAUUACAGGAGAUUUACGGUCAUCGAAGGCUCUACAUGUAAAGAGUCUCUGCAUUAUGGAGGUCUCAGUCCCAUGAAGAAGCUCCACUCGGCCGAUGAGAUUCAGCAUGGCCGUCGUCCCAGUCCAGAGGGAGCCGGCUCGGUGACGGUCAGAGAGCUCAGCACCGGGAGGGCGUGUCAGAGAUGUCACAUCAUCACCAACCAACUAAAGAGGCAGGCGCUGGCUCUGGCCGAGUCCGGCUCGCUAAAGGACCCAAGUUUUUCUGGCCUUCUUCUUGAUAAGCUCCAGGCUCUAGAAUGGCCUCCAGGGGGUCAGGGUGCUGAAAGCUGCUGUGAAGUGUGUGGAACUCCUCUGCACCAGCUUCGACGCCUGGCUCUUCACUCGGCCCUGGGACUGGCUCUUGAUGGUACCCCUAACCUACAGUGUGGACCUUUCCCCGGUCUGCUAGCACCUCACCCCAGUGCAUCCUCAUCGAGACCCUCCGGGGUGAACAAGGGCUCCUCGUCUGCCACCAUACAGCACCCUUUAAGGUACCACGUCGAACCAGUGUCUGGUAUCAAGCAUAAGGAAAUGGGUUGGAUCAGGUCUGGAGCUGGUGGUAUGGACAUAAAGCCCAGCUGCCAUGCUACAGUCACUCCGCUGCCCAUGUACGCUCAGCAGUAUUUGGAGGGGGUUUGGAGUGUGACGACCGUUAGUAGAGCGCAUCAGCAGCGACAAGCAAAGGCUCAGGUUCCGGAUAUCAGGACUACUGAAAGUUCCGGUUCCUGCCACGCCAGAGCUGUUCCCUCCGCCCCACUGAGAGGAACCAGGUGUAGCAGUGUGAUGACAUCAUCAUCAUCAUCUCCAGCUCCAGCUCACAGCAGCUCUGCAGCUUCCUUCUUCCUCAGGGCUGCUCAGAAGCUGAACCUCUCCAAACGGAAGAAGCCUCAGCCUCCUCCUCCGCCGUCGCCGCCUGACCCAGAUGAACCACUCUUCUACACGGAUGGCUUCAGCGCCGUGCUGCAGCUCUCACCCCCACCUGUCCCGCCGUGCCUGCUCAGGGCGGGGUCAAAGGUCAAAGACUGCCCCGGGAUAGGCAAGGUUAAAGUAAUGGUGCGCAUCUGUCCUGCUAAAGGCGAGCAGGACACGUCUGAGUCCAUGUCCUUCCUGAAAGUGGACGCUCAUAAGAAGCAGCUGACCUUCUGCGAGCCUCCGACUAGUGCUGCAGGUCAGAGACGCUUUUCCUCCACCACGGCCCCAAAGACCUUCAACUUUGAUGCAGUCUUCACCCAGGAUGCCUCACAAGCGGAGUUGUGUUCAGGGACGGUGGCGGAGGUCAUUCAGUCUGUUGUCAACGGCGCAGACGGCUGCAUCUUCUGUUUCGGACACGCCCACCUCGGUAAAACCUACACCAUGAUCGGUAAAGACGCUUCCACUCAGAGCCUGGGCGUCGCCCCGUGUGCCAUCUCCUGGCUCUUCAAGCUGAUCGAGGAGAGGAAAGAGAAGGCUGGUGCUCGGUUCUCCGUGAGAGUCUCGGCCGUGGAGAUCAGCGGGAGGGAUGAAUUGUUGACUGAUCUUCUAGCUGACGUCUCUACAGGAACGCUCCAGGAUGUCCAGGGUGCAGGAGUUUACCUGAAGGAGGACCCUGUGUCCGGUUCACAGCUCCAGAAUCAGAGCGAGCUGAGGGCAUCUACCGCAGAGCGAGCUGCCUUCUAUCUGGACUCGGCUUUAGCGGCACGGAGUACUACCAGAGCUGAAAACGCUGAAGAGCAGCAGUGCAACUCUCACAUGCUCUUCACCCUCCACAUCACCCAGUACCGCCUGGAGAAGAGCGCCAAAGGAGGAAUGUCUGGAGGGCGGAGUCGUCUACAUCUUCUAGACUUGGGCAGUUGUGAAUCUGACGUCACUCGAACAAGGGAUGGAGGUGGAGGCCAGUGUCUGUCACUGGCUGCCUUGGGGAACGUCAUCCUGGCUUUAGCCAAUGGUGCCAAGCAUGUUCCUUAUAGGGACAGCAAGCUCACCAUGCUACUGAGGGAAUCGUUGGGCAACAUCAAUUGCAGAACCACCAUGAUCGCCCACAUCUCGGAUUCACCGGCCAGUUAUACCGAGUCACUCUCUACUGUGCAGCUAGCCUCACGCAUUCAUCGCAUGAGGAAGAAGAAAUCUAAGUAUGCCUCCAGUUCCUCGGGAGGGGAGAGCUCAUGUGAGGAAGGGCAAGCCAGACGACCACCUCAAUUAAGACCAUUUCACCCCAUCACAGUGGCUCUGGACCCAGAACACCCUGCACUUCUGUCCAGUGAUCCAGACUACUCCUCCAGCAGUGAACAUUCAUGUGAUACAGUUAUCUAUGUAGGUCCUGGAGGAACCCAUAUUUCCGAUCAUGAGCUCAGCGACAACGAGGGUCCUCCAGCCUUCGUUCCCAUUAUUCCAUCACUGAACAAAAAGCGUGCAAAGGACACUCCUAAAUCAGAUGGGGAUCAUCUAAAGUGCAACACGUUUGCAGAAUUACAAGAACGGCUUGAGUGUAUCGAUGGAAGUGAGAGCACAGCUACUUUUAUUGGUGAAGGAAAAGGACCUCAGACAGUCCCUAAAAAUCAAGCUGGAGCUGGGAAAGCUGCAGAUGGGGUUCUUGCAUGUACCAAGAUGAUUAAACCCUUUCUCCAAAAGCCUUCUUACAUGGAACAUUCCAAAAUGCCCUCAGAUGGAGCUGGAUCUGGACAAACUUCAGGUCAAGACCCUGAGCCAGUUGUACGAGAGAAGGUCUUCCUCGACAAAGGACUUUCAACCACAUUACAAAAGCCCUCAAAUUUGACAAGUGAUAGUAUUUUAGCCACAAGGACACCUCCAGUGGGCAUGAGCCAACCAACCCUCAGACAAGGAGUACCUUAUAAUCUAAGUAGGAGCCCAUUGGAAGUGAGCCACCUCAGGGCAGCUUUUCAGAGCAGAUGUCUUGAGAGAGAUGUUUUAAGGACUACUGUCACACUACAGCAACCAGUUGAGAUAAAUGGGGAAGAUGAACUAGUGUUUACUGUGGUCGAGGAGCUGCCUAGUGGACUAAUUCCAGACAAUGGCCGACCCUCCAGCAUAAUCAGCUUUAACAGUGACUGCUCCCUGCAGGCUAUAUCCUCUGGAUCACGUCCAGUCAGUAUAAUCAGCAGCAUUAAUGAUGAGUUUGACGCAUAUGUGUCACAAGUGGACAGUGCACAAAAAAGCCAUGCAAGGUCAAAAGAAGAUAUGUCAUCUGACCACAGCACAGCACUAUCUUCCAAAGGCACAUUUUUCAGAAAAACGGUAAAUACUGAUGACACAUACUUGCCAACAGGUAUUUCAUCAAAGGUGGCCAUACGUGAUAAUAUUUCAACAACAAAUAUACCUGGUGCUUUAUAUAUGGAGUCUUCCUCCCAGCAAGGCACAAACAGCUCCUUCAGUGACAGUGCUAUAUGUUUUUCAGACUUAGGCUACCGAUCAAGGACCUCUGAGAAAAUUCCAAUAGCCAGGUGCCCACCAACUUUUGAUACAAGUAAAACAUCUUUUAGAGGUCAAAAGUCAGUUAGAUCUAGUAGCACUAGCUCCGCACAGUCCGUACAGAUACCUAGUAUGAACCAGUCUACUCUCCCAAGAAAAAACAAACCUACCUCAUCUGGUGACCCAAACAGCAGCUUCAACCGAGAGUUACAGAAGCAAGGGAGCAGGACAGAUGAGCACUGGAUUCCCAGUAGUACUCAGUUAGAUUCAAGAAGUACAGAAUUCUUCUCUGCAAGCAAGGCACCCAAAACUGGUAUAAGUGGAAUCCCAUCCAGGAAGACCACAGGUUGCAGCAGCAGCAGUGUACCAAGGUCUCCAAAAAUGCUUCCAUCUUCCUCUUCCCAAAGGGUGGUGGAUGGCUGUGAAAAAUCCAGUGUUAAAAAAGGAGACAGCCUAAGCAGAAUGCCUCAGCUUAGAAGAGGAGCCACAACACUUGGCAUGAUCACAGUGCCUCACAGCUCUUCAGAGUCCAAGUGGGGCAAUGAUGCCAUGCAACCAAGUACCACAUUGAAAUUCUCAUCCUUAGGGAAGCGGUCAAAUGGGCAGAAGAGCAGCUUACUCCCAAAGUCUGGCAGCAUGUCACCUCCUGCCCCACCUAUUAGAAAAUCUAGCCUGGACCAGAAGACACGUGUUUUGGUGUCUCCUAGUGCCUUAAGGUCAUUGAGCAAUGAUGCAGCCAGAUCCUCAUCAUGCAAAGCGACAGUGUCUGAGGAGGACUUUGAUGUUCGGCUUAGAGGGGAAUCUUUUACCUUUAGAUCAUUUAGCUUAAAGACAGGAUCAAGCCUUCAUUCCCGAGGGGCAAAAGGAGACAAUGGAAGAUACUUUGGGAGUCUUUUCUCCCUUGAAAGGUGUGACAGCUUGACAUCAAUUGGAUCUAAACAUGGAAUGAUGAGAGAGAGCACUAGUGUUAACCUAGGUAGUAAUGCCAAGCCUAAUAGGACAGUACCAAGACUCGGGGUUACCGGCACCACAUCCGGACCCCUAUCUCCGCCAUCAACCAGUACCCCUGGAGUCAGCAAAUUAGGGCAGAUCAAAGGUAAUAUAAGUCCUAGAGCCAUGGUUGGUAUUGGAAACAAAACAAAGUCCUUGUCUAACAAUGGUUCCAAACCACUGAGUACCACAAAAUCAUUUUCCACCUCAAGUGUACGGACUGCUAACCUACCUCCAAGUGGAAAAACAUCAGCUCGAUCAGUUAUGGGUGCAACUGCAAAAGCAGGAAAAGGUACCCUCAUGGGCACAAAGCAAGCCAUUCGAGCUGCUAAUAGCCGUGUCAGUGAGCUAGCAUCAAGCAGCCCCAAGAAACACAUCAAGGGUGCCGAUGAUCAAGCAAGUGCUUCUGGUGAUUUUGGACCAACUCCAAAAAGUGACCUUUUACUGCCUUGUUCAUUGCCAUCACCGUACAGCAAGAUCACCGCUCCCCGUCGACCGCAGCGCUACAGCAGUGGUCAUGGUAGUGACAACAGCAGUGUUCUUAGUGGGGAGCUACCCCCAGCCAUGGGCCGCACUGCUCUCUUCUACCACAGUGGAGGCAGCAGUGGCUAUGAAAGCAUGAUCCGGGAUAGUGAAACCACAGGUAGUGCAUCUUCCACCCACGACUCCAUGAGCGAGAGCGGAGUGUCUACCUCCAGCCGAACCAAGGUGUCAAAGUCUCCCAAAAAGAGAGCCAAUGGCCUGCAGCGGCGGCGGCUGAUCCCUGCUCCACUGCCGGAUACUUCCUCCCCUGGCAGAAAGGCUGGAGCUGCAGGCCAGUGGGUGGACCUGCCUCCGCUGGGGGGCUCCAUGAAGGAUGCCUUUGAGAUUAAAGUGUAUGAGAUAGACGAUGUGGAGCGACUGCAGAGGUGCAAGGAAGGGAUGGUGACUGAGGGCUUGCAGUACUUCAGUGCACGCCUCAGGAUGCUGGAGAAGAGGCAGCAGGAGAUCCAGGAGCUCCGAGCCAAGCACGAGAGGCUGAGGAUGGAACUGGAGGACGCUAAGACCCGGCUCAUGCUCCACCCCGAUAAGUGGACAGGAGAGUUCGACGUGGAUCCGGAUCUGGACCCGGAGUCGCAGGACUACCUGGAGGCUCUGGUUCAGGUGACGGGAGAUCUGGAGUUCUGUGUGAACCUGUGCAAGUCUCGCGUCAUGAUGGAGACCUGCUUCGAUAUUCUGGCCCCAACAUCUCCGGUCCAGGAGCUGGAGGUGUGACCAAGACUUAAAACAUGGGAGGAUAUUUUGAGAGAUUUAUUUACCAUACCAGGAAGUGCCUUGAUUAAAAAAAAAAAAAAAUAGAUCAUCGUUUCUGGUGCUAGUGCCGAGAUCACAACUGUACCUAAGCAAACCUGUUAGCAGAGUUCUUUUCUUUCGAGAAUAAUGAUUAUUUUACAUUGUAAUGUAGUGUCUAAAAAAAAGAAAAAGAAACAUAGAUAAUGAAAUUAAAAAAGGGAGAAAAAGCAAUAGGGUAAUUUAUUGCCGAUCCCUGAACCUCCUGUGGAGCUGAUCGUCUUUAUUAGCUUUUUUAAGAUUAUUUAUUGUGUUUAUUUUUAUUUAUAACCCUGCCAAAGUUUUUAUUAUUUAUUAUUUUAAGUUUAAACCACUAAACCCUGAAAGUGUUCACCUCAAAAUAUGUGGGAAAGUUGCAUUAUUUCCAUAAGAGAUAUGUAGAUUUAUAAUAUGUGGAUUUUCCUAAUCCGGGUUUGGAUUUUUCCAGAUUAAUUAAUCUCGGAUUUCUUACGAUUAAGAGAAAAUUGGCAAUAAAGAAAACGUGCUUAAGAUUGAAUGCGUGAAAGCAGCCUCGUGUGUGAUACUUGGCUUCUUUUAAUGAACAAAUUCAUCAAUUUAUCAAACAUUUGUUUUGUCGCUGAAGCAGAACCGGUCUCUAAAGGCUGGGACUCAUUUUGCUGAGAUGUUGCUCAAUGAGCCAAAAGACAAAAAUAAUCCAUGAACAAAAGCUAAGAUCGACUCGGUCUGGUGCUUUCCUCUCGAGGAUUUGAUUCCUGAUCAUCUUUUACGAUCUGUAUUCCAAUGAAAAAAAACUUCCCAUGGGAAAUGUGUUGAUAAAGAUUAAUAAAAAAAAAGUGUGUCACUCACUAAAAAGAAAAAAUAAUAAUAAUUUAAAAUUAAACUCAGGCUUUCAGAACUGAGUGCAUGAGUUAUCUUUAUUUAUCGCCUCUAUUUAAUGCUUAAUUAUUACAUGUUUUUGGCUAAUUAUUUACAUUAUUUUAUUUUAGUUUUAGGAAUCUUUUUUUUUUUUUUUUACAUCUGUUUAAGACCUUCUCAGUGUUUCAGCUUUAUAUUGUACAGUUUUUUUUAACACUUUGUAAGAACAUGUACAGAGCCUUCCACAUGCAUCAGUACAUCAGGACACGAUUACGAAUAAAACAAUAAAAAACAAUUUUCGACUUUGUAGCUCGCUGUCCGAGAGGUUUUUUUUUCUUUCCUUUAGCUAAUUUUUAAUUAUUGAUUGCUUUGGAUUAUGGAGCAAAAAAAUAGUUGAAGAUCAUUAAAAUGUA